UUUGACAUCACGCUUGGUCAAUAAUAACCCACAUAUAUGCUAUAUAUGGUAAAUACCACUAAUUGAGGUAAAUUCUCAGAAAACGGCAUCGCUCUUCUUGGAAUUUUCGGAUAGAAACACCGAGGUAGUUGAGAAGUUCACGGAUCUAGGACAAAGCACUUCGUUCCACUACAUUUCGGCGGGAAGAAAUGAACUAGUUAAGCUUUCAAUAGAUACCCUUCUCUUGAUCGCUCUUCAUCUACAGAUCAUUUCCGGGUUAAAACUUGUAGGAUUGAUUAUACUGAGCUAUUUGGUCACGCAACGCAGUAAUUACUUGACAUGAUCUUGCAAAUUCUCGGAAAAGGAGAAUACAUUAAUUUAUAAGUAGUAGCCAAUAGCUUUGCAUUUGCAAGAAAACAACGAUGAUACUGAUAACAAUCAAUUAAGCGUUUUUGCAGCCAACAUUGGGAUGUUGCAGUCAGUCCUUUAAAAAUACUUCAACAUUUUGUAAAGUGACUAUUCUCCCUGAUAGAGGUCACCUAAAUUAAUCGUUGCAAAGGGAAAUCUUAAGUUGAUUAACGAUCCCGUGGAUAUCAGCAAUGAACAGAGCUGGUUACUGUUGGAGAUGUGAGGCACCCUGCACUCAAAGGUGUGCGCGUUGCCGCGUAGCCUUCUACUGUUCUAAGGUAUGUCAGAAACAAGACAAAUGGCGACAUGAACCCAACUGUGAUGACGCUGUGCUGAAGACGGAAUGUUCCAGCUGCGGUGUUGAACGAGAAGGAAUGAUGAAAUGUUCCAGCUGCCUGAAAGUUUAUUACUGCAACGUGGAAUGCCAGAGGAACCACUGGGCAAGACACAGGUCAUCGUGCCAUAAAACGUCGGAGGAAACAAUCAAACUAGUUGAACGAAUGAAGAAGUUCCUUGACAUGAAAGAGUUGAACACUGGCCUCUCGGCGACAUAUUACUGGGGUAAUACACCGGCUGUGGAUCUAAUCAACUUGUCGAUGAACGAAGGAGAGGAGUACUCCAGCCCGCUUGCUCUGUUGUUGUGUGGAGUCGGUGAUCCCAGGAAUGUUCUGUUGACCACUGCAUCUUUACCUGAUGCUUAUAAACAACAAGUAACGUUCGUGUUGAACGACAUCUGUCCUUGUACCCUGGCCAGAACAGUCUUGCUACUGUACAUGCUGUACAAAGGAGGGGCUGAUGUAACUCAUACAGUGAUUCGUGUUUGGUACUCGCUGUGUAUCUCCGAAGAAGACUUUUCUUCGCUCUUGUCAGCGCUUCAAGACCUCGUCACUACCGAACUGCAUACCCUCACUGAAGACGUAAUGGAGAUUUCUGCUGACCAGUGGAGCAACCUAAGGGACGUUUGGGUCACGUGGCUACGCUUGGCAAAGCGGAAGGGACCAUGGGUGGCGAACCUGAGACGAGAAGCGAUCUUACGUGAUUCAGGGAGAGAGAACGGAAUAGAAACCUACUUGCACGCCAUUCCCAAAGAACACAGGGUUUCGGCUCAACGAUUUUUCAACACGGGGAUCUUUCCGUCGACAGGAAAUGCUGAAGAGCUAAGCAAGCAAAACCCCACCUUAACAGGUCGUGGAUAUCACUGGCUUUCCAGUAUCUCUGAAUAUCAUUACAACAUACCAAUGGAUGUGUUGCCUUUCACCGGCUGGGAUUUCAGUGCCAUCAAGAAAAGUUGUCAUGUCGAUUCUCUACCAGAAAUGUACAGCAUCUACCUAUCUCAAAUCAUACACAAGGUAGUUGGAAAAAUGAAGAAAGAUCAGGUCAAAUUCCAGUUCAUUCUGGCUGACGUUCUAAAUAUCGAAACUUUUCUUCCUGCCAGUCUCAAAUACGACCGCAUCACCACCUCCAACCUGUGGGAUUACUGCCCUCUCACUGUUUUACUGACGCAAUUCAAAGGCUUCUUAAACGGUACCAAUCCUCACGCAGUCAUGCUGACCGAGACGGAUAACUGGGUUCGAAAUUUCAUGCCGGAAGUGGUGCAUGUUUUGCCGCAACUUUGGGGUAUCGAUGACCUCAUACGGAAAGCUUUACAUGACACGCAAAAUCCAGAACUUGCAAAUUCAUCUGGGAUGUCAGCUGUGGUGGAGUACUUUAACAUAACCAGUGAAUUUCUCAUGUUUCUGCGUGCUUCCUUGCUGACCUCAAGCACCGACAAAGACUUGACUUCCCUCAAAAGGAAAAAUAAAAUGCCUUCCGUAAAAUCUCUUGUUGGUUCACUGGGUCUGCAUCUCCGCGACUUCACUAGAAACCAGAACACUGUGUCUCCGUUUAAAUGGGCGUUGAACUGUCGUCGUGUCACCAUGUUGAGAGGCUUUGAGAGAACAUUGGAAUGGAAGCUCAGUCCUCUAGACAGCCAAGCUAAUAAGAGCGAUUACUAUGAAACAGUAUGAAACAAAGAACUGAUGAACAGCUCUGCUAUUCUUUUGUACUUUCGACUUUUCGAAAUUUUUAUGAUCAAUUACUCAUAAUCUGUAAUCAGGCGCUCUUUUUUCCGGAAGCACGGGAAAGGGCGAGGGAGAAAACAGAGCCCCCGAUGGCAGGUUAGUAGCAGUUCGGGAAUAAGGAUCAUUUAAAGCAAAUGCUCGUUGACGUACCCGAACAGUUUCCGAGUCUUGCUACCCCGGAGAAAUUUGAAAACGCACUUUUAUUUCUGCGGGUACGCCUACCGACCAUACAUGUCCGUUAUAUAAUACUUUUAAAUUGUGCUGAGGGAAUUUUCACCGUGUAUGAAUAAGGUUAUCAAUCGAUCAAUCAAUCAAUCAAUCAAUCAAUCAAUCAAUCAGCCAAUCAAUCAAUCAGUCAAUCAAUCAAU